AAACAUCAGCAAAACAUCAGCAAAACAUCAGCAAAACAUCAAAGGAAACGUUUGCACCUGCCGGCAAAAUGAUUGUAUUGAAAAAGUUCUUCACUAGGCAGGGCUUGUUGAAGACCAAGGCGGGCAACUUGAAUGAUGAUGGAAAGGACGAGGAUUGCAGCCAGGAUACUAAUAGCCACGACAAUGAAAGUAGAAAGGAGAAGGGGAAAAGACGCAAAAGAAAACCAAAGGCCAAACCCACCAGACUCAGCAGUGAAAGAACCCUCAACUCCAGCGCAUCCAAUGAAGAAACUGCACAGUGCAGUGGCACUCUGAACGAACAAAUCAUUGAGAAAUAUGUUGCCGCGGUAAAUGCUCACUCGCCUGCAGAUGAUUUGAUAGCGUUCUAUGCCAGCGAUAAAGUUCAGGUCAAGUUUGAUGACAUGGCUCCUAUCACUGCAAGAGCCUUGCAGACAGAGAUUGUGAGUCUCACAAAAAGUUUCAAGGAUUUCCGCUUCAACUAUGACAGCAUCAAGGAAGUGGAACCUGGCAAAGUCAUGGUGGAGGACCUGUGCGUCACGGGCACUCAUAAUGGGCAGCCUUACAAGUUUGCUGUGUAUCCACCAAUUACUGCCACAGGAAAGCAUGUAGUGUUGGACCCAGAAAGAAUUUGGUACACAAUGAAGGAUGGGAAGAUUGUCCAUGAAGUUGUCACUGCUCUUGGACUUUUGACGGGCCCUGCCGGUUUCUACCUUGCCAUCGGAGGAAAACUGGGAUAGACACCAUAACGUUAUCCUCGCCAAUAUGUUCCUUUGUAUAGUCCUCCACGCUAGAAUCCAUCCUUCCUUCACAACCUCAAGCUCGGCGAGUCAGGAGGAAACAACACCAUGCCCCGUAUAUGCUGACCACAUAUGGCCGCCACAUUCCCUCCUUCCGUGGCUUUGUCGGUUAUAGAUUUAUAAUUUUUGAAAGGCUAAAGUCAUUCUCCAACC